CCUCACCAAGUAACUCCUCACCAAGUAAAGAAGAAGGAAUCUUCCAAUAAAAGAAUCUCCAUCUCCAAACGCUGCCUAAUGCUCUGUUUUUCUUCCUCAAUAGAACCUUCUCACCUUCACUAGGGUUUAUUGAGCUCCAUUUCUUCCCGGCUGAUCGCAAAAUUCUGUAAGAAAAGGGCGAGAAAAAAAAAGGAAAAAAACGCUUAGAGACUUGGAAAAAUGGUGGGGAAAAGUGACAAGGAUAGCAAUAGUGGCGGCGGCGAUAAGGCGGAGAUGGUGGAGAUGUUUCUGAAAAUCGGAUUGGAAGAAAAGACGGCGAAGAAUACUAUAGCUAAUAAUAAGGUUACCGCUAAUCUCCUCGCCGUCAUUCAAGAGGCAGAAGUAACAGAUGGCUGUGAUCGGACUGUUGGAAAUCUUCUUUAUACGGUUGCUACCAAAUUCCCUGCAAAUGCUCUUGUUCAUCGACCUACUUUGCUCAAGUAUAUUGUUUCAUCGAAGAUUAAAACUCCUGCUCAAUUAGAGGCAGCCUUCGCAUUCCUUGCUGCCAUUGCUGGUGAGAACUUGAAGGCUAAUGAGUUCGAAGACGCUUGUGGUGUUGGAGUGGAGGUCUCUGCAGAAGAUAUAAAUCUUGCUGUUAACGAAGUCUUUGAAGAGAAGAAGUCUAUGAUUUUGGAGCAACGCUAUCGCACAAAUGUUGGUGAACUUUUUGGUCAUAUUCGAAAGAAGCAGCCAUGGGCAGAUCCUAAGAUAGUCAAGCAACUCGUGGAUGCAAAAUUAGUUGAGCUACUGGGUGCAAGAACUGCUGCAGAUGAUGAGAAACCUAUAAAAAAGAAGAAAGAGAAGCCUGUCAAGGAUAAAGUUUCUGCUGAAGAGACACCUCCAUUGAAACCAUCUGAUGAAGAAGUUAAUCCAUAUGCAAUAUUCCCUUCACCAGAAGAAAACUUGAAGGUGCAUACGGAAAUAUAUUUCAGUGAUGGACGGGUUCUCAGACCUUGCAAUUCGAAGGAAAUACUUGAUAAGCAUUUGAAGACUACAGGAGGAAAAGUUUGGACUCGUUUCCCACCAGAACCUAAUGGAUAUUUACACAUUGGUCAUGCCAAGGCUAUGUUUGUGGACUUUGGCCUGGCAAAGGAGAGAGGUGGAUCCUGCUAUCUGAGGUAUGAUGAUACCAACCCAGAAGCUGAAAAGAAAGAAUAUAUCAAUCAUAUUGAAGAAAUUGUUGGAUGGAUGGGAUGGGAACCUUUUAAGAUCACCUACACGAGUGAUUAUUUCCAAGAGUUGUAUGAAUUAGCAGUGGAGCUGAUAAGAAGAGGUCAUGCUUAUGUUGAUCACCAGACACCUGAAGAAAUAAAGGAGUACAGGGAGAAGAAGAUGAACAGCCCUUGGAGAGAUAGACCUAUUGAAGAAUCACUCAGAUUGUUUGAUGAAAUGAAGAGAGGGAUGAUCGAGGAAGGCAAAGCUACAUUAAGAAUGAAACAGGAUAUGCAGAGUGAUAACUUCAAUAUGUAUGAUCUCAUUGCUUAUCGUAUCAAGUUCACUCCUCAUCCGCAUGCCGGAGACAAGUGGUGCAUUUACCCUAGCUAUGAUUAUGCACAUUGCAUUGUAGAUUCUCUUGAAAAUAUUACUCACUCGCUUUGCUCACUUGAAUUUGAGACACGCCGUGCAUCAUACUAUUGGUUGCUUGAUGCACUGGGUCUUUACCUCCCUUAUGUCUGGGAGUAUUCACGGCUGAAUUUGACCAACACAGUUAUGUCUAAACGCAAGUUAAAUCGUCUUGUGACAGACAAAUGGGUUGAUGGUUGGGAUGAUCCUCGGCUGAUGACGCUAGCUGGUUUACGGCGUAGAGGGGUCACUCCAACGGCUAUUAAUGCUUUUGUUCGAGGGAUUGGUAUUACUCGAAGUGACUCUAGUCUCAUACGUUUGGACCGCCUUGAGUACCAUAUACGGGAAGAAUUAAAUAAAACAGCAGCACGGGCCAUGGUGGUGCUAAAUCCACUUAAGGUUGUCAUUACAAACUUGGAAGCUGGUUCAGUGAUGGAUCUUGAUGCAAAGAAGUGGCCAGAUGCGGAUGAUGCAUCUUCAAUGUAUAAGGUUCCUUUCUCCAAAGUUGUAUAUAUUGAACGUUCAGAUUUUCGUAUGAAAGAUUCCAAAGAUUAUUAUGGGCUGGCUCCUGGCAAAUCUGUCCUACUAAGGUAUGCAUUUCCUAUUAAGUGUACUGAAGUAAUACUUGUUGAUGACAAGGAGUCAGUUCUUGAGAUCCGGGCUGAAUAUGAUCCUAGCAAAAAGACCAAGCCAAAGGGGGUUCUUCACUGGGUAGCAGAAUCUACACCAGGAGUUGACCCACUCAAGGUGGAAGUCAGAUUGUUUGAUAAACUAUUUCUAUCUGAGAAUCCUGCUGAACUGGAUGAUUGGCUUGGUGAUUUGAACCCUCAGUCUAGAAUAGUGAUACCAGAUGCAUAUGCUGUAAGUGCACUCCAAAAUGCUGCUGUUGGGGAUAAAUUUCAGUUUGAACGGCUUGGCUACUUCGUGGUUGAUCAGGACUCUACUUCUGAAAAGAUCAUAUUUAAUCGGACGGUCACGUUGCGAGAUAGCUAUAGUAAGGGGGGGAAGUAGGUGGCUGCAUGGAUUGUCGCUUGAUGUGCUCCCCAUAUUUAUGGAUAUGCUGUAGUAUGUGAAAAAGAGUGCGUCAUUUUGUUCACUAAGGCGUAACUCCAGACGAUCUUGUACAUUCUGUAGCCUUAGCAAGAAGGACAAUAAAUUUUCAAAGGACAUGCAAUCUUGAAUGUCUAAAUUUUGGCAUCUUAUCGCAUGGGCCAAAAUCUUCUUAGAGAGUGAAGAAACGUGCUUCUUGUUUUAAUGAUAACCAGAUACCAAUUGUUCGUCUUCUAGUAGUUCAUUUUAAGUAUUGCUAUUAA